AUGGCCAGGGCGACGCUCGCCGGUGCGAGCGGGGCGCGGUCGUGGCCCCCCUCCUCCCUGGCGUGCCUCUCCUGCUCCCUCCCCCUCUCUCUCAGCGGCGCGGGAGGGCCCCGGCGCGGCAGCUCCGACGGCCCUGGCGAGGGCGGCCCUAGCACGGAGGGCCACGGUGUGUGGGUGCUUUGUAAUAGGUUAGCACAGUCAUCAGCAUGCUUUGGUGAGCUUGUUUGUAAUGUGAGUGCUUCUGCGACUGGGUUGACAGAGUUGGAAAUUCAGUGGACCAAGCAGCUGGACCAAGCAGGAAAGGUGUGUGCAGACCAAGGAUGGUCUAUUUUUCACCAUGCUGCCAAAAGGAGUUACGACUUCUAA